AUGAAACAAAUGAAUCAACAAAAUUCGUCAUCAUUCGAUCCAUAUUCGUGGAAGAAUUUUUAUUUUCAUGUUGAUCGUGAGGAAGCGAAUCGUUUGUUAUGUGAAGAUCACAAUUCGACCUUGGGCUCAUUUCUAAUUCGUGAUUCAACAUCACCUGGAAGUUAUGCAUUAAGUGUCAGGGAAGAACUUACUGGUGACCAACAGGUCAGACAUUAUCUUAUCGAACCCGUUGAAUCGGAAAGUGGGAAAAUUAAUGUGAAGAUUGCAGAACAGCACUUUGUUGACAUUCCUGCACUUUUAAAUCAUUUUAAAAUGAGGAUACUUGCAAAUGUUAGCCUUGUUCGACCUCUUCAGAAAUGUGUUAUUGAAAAAAUGGUUGCAUUAUAUACAUUCGAAGGACAAGAACCAACAGAUCUUCCUUUUGAAAGGAACGAAGUUCUUGAAAUCAUUGGAAAACCUCAGGAUGAAUGGUGGGAAGCUCGAAAUGCCCUUGGCAACUCUGGUUUCGUUCCUGCUAACUUUUUAGGUCAUAUAGAUGAUAUCGUUAUACAGCGUAGCAAUUCUGAAACAUCAUCUUUAUCGUCAGAAAAUAGGCUGAGUGGACUUUCAUCACUGCGCGUGCCAUCUUGGGCGAAAGUUAAGCUGGACCGGAGACCUAAUGCUUAUGAUACUGAGGCACUUCGAUUAAGAAAAGGUGAAAUAAUAAAGGUGACGAAACUUCAUCCAUCUGGACUUUGUGAAGGAAUUCUUAAUGGUAAAAAAGGAACAUUUCCUUUCACUUAUGUGGAAUUCAUUUCAGAUGAAGUGGCAUCAACACCAACACCUAUUUAA